AAUUCGACAUGGCCAUGUCGAAUUAGGGUAGGUGUGGAUGGAAAUCGAUGCUAAUAGCUCCGGGAGCUAUCCCACAGUGCACCACUCUGUUGACGCUCUGGAUGCUCUGACCAGCCACACAGGAAAAGCCCCGGGAAAAUUUGAAUUCCUUUUCCUGUCUGGGCAGUUUGAAUCUCAUUUCCUGUUUGGACAUCGUGGCAAGCUCAGCAGCACUGGCAACGAUGCAGAGUUCUCCAGCAGAGGUGACCAUGCAAUCUCAGAAUAGAAAGAGGGCCCCAGCGUGGACUGAUCGGGAAGUCUUGGAUCUGAUCGCUGUGUGGUGCGAUGAGUCCGUGCUUUCAGAGCUGCGAUCAAAAAGACGGAAUGCAAAGAUCUACGAGAAGAUCUCAAAAGCCAUGACAGAGAGAGGGUACAGCCGGUAUGCAACGCAGUGCCGCGUGAAAAUCAAGGAGCUGAGACAAGCGUACCAGAAAACCAAAGAGUCAAACGGACGCUCCGGAUCCCAGACCCAGACAUGCCGUUUCUACAAGGCACUGCAUUCCAUUCUAGGUGCGGCCGCCACUACUACCCCACCACUGACCAUGGACUCUGAGGAUGGGAUAUUGUCGACGGCCGCUUCCUCGGAGAUGUUAGCGGACGGGGAAGAUGAGGAAGGUGAGGAGGAGGACGAGGCAGUUGACAGCGCUUACAACGCUGAUUUCCCAGACAGCCAGGAUCUCUUCAUCACCCUCACAGAGAUCCCCUACCAACCGUCCCCAGGCAUUAAUCCGGACCCUGAAUCAGGGGAAGGAUCAGUCGAGGCUGGCGCAGAUUAGGCGGAGAAAGAAAAGGACACAGGACGACAUGUUCUCAGAACUUAUGGGCUGCUCCCGAGCCGAUGCGGCCCAGCAGACCCAGUGUAGGGAGAACAUGUCGCAAUACCAGCGAGCACACAGCGAAUGGGAGGAGAGGUGGCGGCAGGAAGACCAGCAGGUGACUCAAACGCUGCUUGGACUAAUGAGGGAGCAAACGGACACGCUCCAGCACCUUGUGGGUGUUCUGCAGGACCGGAGGCAGGAGGACAGAGCCCCGCUGCAGUCUAUCUCUAACCGCCCUCUCCCGCCACAAACUCCCAUACCCCCCUCACCCAAAGUCCCAAGAAGGAGGGGCGGCAGGGGCCAU